UCCAAGUGCAAAAUGUGAUCUUUUUUCACCUCUAUCUCUCUCUCUCUCUCUCAUGUCUCACCCUCCACCAAACACAUUUGCAAACCCAUCUUCCUUCUAACUCUCUCAAUAAACUCUCUUCAAACCAACAAUGUCUUAGUAAACCAACGUUUGAAUCAGAGGCAAAGAAGGGGUCAUCAAGUGAGCAUUUUAAAGUGAAUUAUGGACUAGAAUUUCAGCUUCUUCAAUCAGGUAAGUUUUCUAACUCUCUGAAUAUUUGAUUCCACUGCCAUUUUCUUUGCAAAUAAUUCAAUGAACAAAAAGGGAUAAGGGUAGCUUAGACAGAGCUUGAAAUCCUUCAGAGACUCAAUACAUGCAGAAUCUCCCCAGAACCCACUCCCAGAACCACCAUCACCUUGUCGGAAACCUCCCAGAACCACCACGGACACAAAACCCUUAGGUGUGUCUGUGUUUGUUGGGCUGAAAAGCCCAAAUAUGCAUAAUGUGGGUAUUGCCUAUUAGGUGUUUUGUGUCUUCUCUUUUAUUCUGUUGAUAAUGAACCAGUUUGUUAUUGUGAUUAGUUGAUAGAUAUAUUAUUUUGUAUGAUUUUGUUUAAAAGGUGUAUGAUUCUGUUUUAGACUCUCAGGUUCGUGUUAUUAAAGGGAAAAAAUCAAUUUGAUAUUUCCUCUAUUAUUUAUGCUAAAUGUCAAUAUUUUCAAAAAUCCAAAAAAAGAAAAAAUCUCAUAAAAUACAAAAAAUACCUUUCAGGAAAAUUAAAAAUAUUAUAAUCAAUUUCUCUCAUUAAUUGUUAGAACUACGUAGCCUUAACGCCUAGGCCGGGAAUUAAUUCCUGAUAUGCAUCCUAAAAUAAAAGAAUCCUUUAUGAUUCCAUUAUAAAUAAUUCUUUUUCUUUCUCUUGUAAAUAUUUUAAUCAUAAAAUAUUUUCCUUGUGGGGUAAAAUGAUCCUUUUUUUUAAGUUAUUAAUUUUGAAAUCGUAAGUUUUUUAAUAAGGGUAAUCUAGGAUAGUAAAUAAUUAUUUUCAUAAAUUUGUUGAAGAAUUAGGUAAAGUUACUUAUAAAUAGAAACGGAUUAAGUAUCAAAGAUUUUAAUAGAUUUUAUAAAAUCAAAUACCAAAUAAAAUAUAUAUUUGUUUUGAUUCAACAAUAUAAAAGCCCAAGAUUGCUUAGAUUUUCCCCAAAUCAUGGACUCACAUGGCUUCAUAAAAUAAAAAUCUCCUUAUUUCAUAUUGUGCCUUCUUCAAGUAUAAGCUCAGAUUCAAGAAUCUUCUCCAUUGUGCUUCAAAUGUUACUGGUGAAGUGGUGAGUUCUCACUACUCCUUACCCAUCUAUACACAAUCAUUAUUUCUUCUGAACUCUCUUUAACGCUUUUGUUUUUUAUUUGCUAUUAUGGUUUCAUCUCUUCAAUAUAUUGUUUUGUUCAACAUUGGUUAUUGGAGAAUUCAAUCUGUUUUAUCUCUUUAUGAUUUUUUCUCUUUCUCUUUUUUCUUUUUAGUUACAACAUUAUUCAGAUCCUUGUAAUCAAGAAAUUGAAAUUUAUGUUAAUUCAAUUUUUAUAUGAUUAGAAUCUCAUGAAAUGUUAAUCCAGGGUUGAUUGGUGCCUAACAAAAUUUUGAACAGGUCCAGGGAACAAGUCCUUUGCAACUUUUUACGCCUUCACUGCCUCAGUUCUCUAAUUUUGCCCUAAAUUAAAUCUUCUCUGUUACCAUUCCUCUUUCCUUCCUUCCUUCCCUCCCAUGGCGCCAAGACGCAAGAAGGGAAACACGCGAAUGGACGCUGCUCUCGACGCCAUGUCCCCUCUCGGGUUCCCCAGAAAAGUCGUCCGUCGAACCGUUGAUAAACUCCUCAAAGUUUAUGGUGGCAAUGAAGGCUGGAACUUCAUCGAAGACUCCGCGUACCGUACUCUCAUCGAGAAACUUGUCGAGCUGCCUCAGGCAACGGAUCAGUCCGCUGAAACCAUAUCAGCAUCCAGUGAAACUGGUAAUAAUCAAAUUGCCAUUGAUGCUGUGGACAUUUCAUCGUUAACUAGUGAACCUGGUAAUCAACUUCCCACCAAAACUACAGACAUUGUAUCAGCAGACAAUGAAUAUGAUUGUAAGCCUGCAGCACUAUCUCCUUUGACAAAGUCCUCACAACCUGUGGGGAAGCUUUGUCACAAGAAGCGUAGACCUUGCUUUGGCUGGAUUUCUGAUGAUAACGAGGAAGAGGAAGAGGAAGAGGACCUGGUAGAACAACCUCCAGUUCCAAUGUCCAAGCAGGUGUCACUUUCUUCUAUGACCAAAAUGGAGAUAAUAAAGAGCUGCGAAAACGUGGUUGAUGUACACCACAGUGAAGUUUUAUCAAAUGAAACAGAGAGUACCAACAAGCUUAAGAGGCCUUUUGAUGGUAGUGACAAAAGAGAGUUAAUGAGUGGUGGUGAUGAUGGAAACCACUCUAUUAAGAAGAGGACCAGACACAACCUCAUUAUGCAACAACAAGCAUGUGAGAAAGUAAAUGAAAGAUGUGUAAGCAACACACUCUCUCACUCAAGUGGUUGUGGAGUGACGUCAAUGGCUGGCGGAGAUAAUGAUGCUCCAACAUUGAUAGAUACAAGUUUACUGAAUUUUGAUGAACUAGAUUUCAGGGGAAUCCUAACAAUGAAAGAGUCAUUGAGGCUUGCCAACAUAUCAAGACUUGAAUCUUAUGAGGAAGAGCAGAAUAUAUGCAAGCGAGGGAAAAGUAAAAAUCGGAAAGCUGUCAAAUCUUCAAGGACUAAAAAGGUCGAUAAAAGUGUGGAUGUUGAGAAACGUCCUCCUAGCAUUACGUCAUCGAAGUAUUUCUUAAAGAAGCUACAUAGACUAGCUGAAUUGCGUACUGAUAAGGUUCAUUGUGCACUAGAGGAAAUAUCGAUAGCUUCUUUUGAUUCUCCAAGUUUGGUUUGUAUGGACCUCAGCGGUGGACAAGAAGCUAUUCCCAUUCCUGUUACCAAUAUGUAUGAUGAUCCUCCCGUGGAACCAACUAGUUUCAAAUAUAUCAAAUCUAUUCAAGUUGCAAGCAAUGUGAAAGUCUCAUCCCAUACUGGUGGAUGCAAGUGCAAAGGAAAAGGAAGUUGUAGGAGGUGUUCUUGUGCUCGCCUUAAUGGCACCGAGUUUCCAUAUGCUCGUCAUAAUCAUAUUGAUAGGUUGAUUGAGCCUAGAGAUAUCGUGUUUGAAUGUGGACCAAGUUGUGGUUGCGGACCUGAUUGUGGCAAUAGAGUUUCUCAGAAGGAUUUACAGUACCGGCUUGAGGUUUUUCGUACAGUCAAUAAAGGAUGGGCUGUUAAAACAUGGGACUUCAUUCCUUCUGGCGCACCCGUUUUGGAAUAUAUCGGUGUGCUUCGCAAAAAUGAAGAGUUGGAUACUGUAUCUGUAAAUGAAUAUAUUUUUGAAAUUGAUUGUUUGCAAACAAUCAAUGAGGUAGAGGGGCGAGAGAGACGGUUGCAUAAUGUAUCAUUACCUGCAACCACUUGUGUUGAAAAAAGGAAUGAUGAUGAUGAGACAAUGGAAAAUGUUCCUGAGUUUUGCAUAGAUGCUCAGUCUUUGGGUAAUGUUUCUAGGUUUAUCAACCACAGUUGUGAGCCAAACCUUUUUGUGCAGUGUGUUCUGAGCUCCUACAAUGAUAUCAGACUAGCUCGGGUGGUACUAUUUGCUGGAGAUGACAUAUACCCUUACCAGGAACUCACAUAUGACUAUAAUUACAAACUUGAUAGCGUUAUUGGUCCAGAUAAAAAAAUCAAGCAGUUACCGUGUCAUUGUGGUGAGACUACAUGUCGUAAGCGCUUGUACUAAUUUGGUGUACACAACAGAAGACAUUUGCUUGAUUUGAGAGUGAGCUUCUUCAAAUUUUGGUUGCAUGUCCUCCUUCUCGUUUGCUUGUUAAAUAUGUUGUAUUGUCAUUUUCAUUGAGAAUUUGGGGGGUUCUCCACCUUGUACAAAUUGUGUACAAUUAUUUAUUAAUAUGAAGAUAACAGUGUUAAUUGCA